UAACUUUAAGCAGCAUCAACAACAACAACAGCAACAAGAAGCAAGCGAACAAAGUUGCCCGCCACACAACGCAAAAUGUCUGAGUCGCGUCGGCAGUCGGUCAGCUUUACAGCAAUGCCGCCGGGCGUUCUAGUCAACGAUAGCCGGGCCAAUUCCACCGAUGACAUACAAAUCGCUCUGGCGCCCCACAUCCAAACCUAUCUAAGUCAAACCGGACGCCGGCACUCCUGCUGCAGCGUCAUGCUGCCGGUGGCCUUCGAGCGAGCCGCCGCCAAAUCAUGGCUGGAUCCCAAAUUCGAUUCACCCGUUCUCGAGGAGCAGUUCCAGGCCAGCGUCUUUCCACACAUACGCAUGCGAUACAGAUUCACAUUGUCGUACAUAUUACUUUGCUCUGUCGCCUGGUGUUUGUAUUUUGUGAUCGAUGGCGGCUCGGAGGAUUUUUGGCGUCCCAUCUCAACAUCGUUCUCAAUGAUGUCGCUGGUCACGAUAAUGGCCAUGUGCUUUACACACUGGAACCUGUACAAGGAGCACCGGAUCCUAACUUCGGCACUGACAGCGCUCAUUCUGUGCAGCGCCUCGCUUGCGUUUCUCACCUACACGGGCAGGGCGUUUAGUCCGCUGGGCCACUUUGCCAUUUGUCUGGAGAUCGUGCUGCUAAUCUACACGGCGCUGCCCAUGCCACUCUGGCUGGGCGCAAGCAUUGCCAUCUGCUAUUCCAUCGCCUUUGAGCUGGUCUCCCACAUGGUCAUUGAUGUCAGUGCCGUGCAUGCGGCGGCUGGUGGUGCAACACCAACGGAUGCAGCAGCCACCGAAGGAACAGCAGCAGUGGAGGGCGGCGGCUCAAGCGGCAGCGAUCCCAGCCACAAGAUACUCAUGCUCCGCAUCAUGGCGCACCUGAGCGUACAUCUAGUGGGUGUGCAUGUGCUGGUCAUGAAUCUGGUCCGCAUGCGCGGCACCUUCAUGAAGGUCGGCCAAAAUUUGCUGGUGCGCCGCCAGCUGGAAAUGGAGAAACAGCUCAAGGAGAAGAUGAUACACUCAGUGAUGCCACCCAAGGUGGCUGACAUGCUACUCAACGAGGGUGGCAGCGGGGGCAUCGACCCUAGUCAGCCCCCGGAAUCCCAUUAUAUGCGUCCGCGCGCCUCGCACGAUGUCAAGUCCUUGUUCCGGCCAUUCCACAUGCACAGCAUGGAAAAUGUUAGCAUCCUGUUUGCCGAUAUUGUUGGCUUCACGCGCAUGUCCUCCACCAAAACGGCCGAGCAGCUCGUCGAGAUCCUUAACGAUCUCUUUGAGCGUUUCGACGACCUCUGCAUGCUCAGCGGCUGCGAGAAAAUUUCCACACUUGGCGACUGCUACUACUGCGUCUCCGGCUGCCCCGAACCACGCGCCGAUCACGCUAUCUGCUGUGUCGAGAUGGGCCUCGGCAUGAUCGACGCCAUGCGCUGCUUCGAUGCCCAGCGCCACGAAGGUGUCAAGAUGCGCGUCGGUGUCCACACUGGCACCGUGCUCUGCGGCAUUGUCGGCACCCGACGCGUCAAGUUCGAUGUGUGGAGCAACGACGUCAGCCUGGCCAACAAAAUGGAAUCCUCGGGCAAGCCAGAACAGGUGCACAUCUCGCAGGAAACGUCUAGCUUCUUGGGCGACGCCUACUACCUAGAGGAGGGCGAAGAGGUGUUCGGUCAUCGCACCUACUUCGUGGUGGGCCGUCGUCGGGACGUUUCCCGUGCCAACAGCCUGAGUCCGAGCAUGGCAGCUACAGCCGCCGGCGGCAGCUCCUUGUUGCUCCCUGGAGCGCAUGGCCCGUUUACAUCGCUGUCGCAAAGUGCCACAAAUAUAUCUGUGGUGCAUCCACAUGUGCCACCUGCCUCGCCAGUGGGUCAGCUGUCCAACUCUCUGAAGUCAUCGCCCGUGCUCUCGAUGCGGCCACGGCUAACAUCGCUCAGCAUGAAACUGCGCAAGAAAUCACAAACGCAAAGCCAUUCACACAGCCGCGACAGGGAUCUGGAGCGCGGCAUCAUGCAUCCAGCUGCCACUGGCAUACCGCCAGUGAUUGUGGUGCGCGAGAGGCCCAAGAUUAUCAUUACGACCAAGUCGCUGCCGGGCAGCCUGGACUCGGAUGAGCAGCCGCCAUCUCUGGAGCAGCAACAACAGCCGCCGGCGAACAUGCCAGACAGCCGCUCCAAGCUCAAGCUCAAGGUAUUGAAAGUGACCAGGUUCCUGAAGCUAACAGGUCGCAAGGACAGGGACAAGGAGAAAGCCAAUGGCACAGACAAGGAGGCAGCACGGGCUCAUUCGAAUUCCCUGCCAGCGCCUGGCGAUGAAUCGGUGGCCUUCAUCGAGCCAGCUGCUGGCCCCGUCCAGGGCCAAUUGGGCAAUGGCUGCGGCUAUCAGCAGCUGCCGGUGCUGGUAGAGACGGCCUGCAGUACACGCCUAGGCAGUACCCAAAUGCUGGACAUACCCAUGGCCCGGCCAGUGCUCCAUCAUGCAGCUACAUCGACGACGCUCUCCAGCAGCGUUAUGCGCUCACCGGAUAGCACUGCGGCAGCCGCCGGCGGUGGCAGCUGCUGUUCGCCGGGUCAGUAUUCCAUGUAUGAUGACAUCAUCGAUGUGCGCUCCUACAUCAGCCAAUCGCGCAGCGACAUCUCGCCAUUUGGCCGCACCGGCAGCUAUCGUUCCCAGUGCGGCCGUCAGUCAACUGGCCAAUCCGUCGGACAAACAUUGGAGCAGUCGCCAGUGCCGCGUCCACGCGCAUCCACCCUGACAGUGGGACGACCCAAUCCCAAUCUUAAUCUCAAUCCCAAUCCCAGUUCCAGUGGCUGCUGCUUGGCAGCGCCUGGACCUGGCGCUGGAGCAAACCAUUCGCAUUCGCGCAACUCCAGCAUUUGGCCGGAUGGCCUGAGCAUCUGCCCGUCAGCCACAUCUCGCAAGGAUUCGGGCAUUAAGAGCAACUCAAGGCGCAGCUCCAUUCAGCAGCAGAUAUAUGCGCUUAAUCAGUCGGCCAUUAGUCAGCAUCGCGUCUCGGGCUAUUUUACCAGCUCCACGUCAAGCAUCUCGAAUCUGGGCGAGGCUGGGGCGCUGCCCUUUCCAUUGCCGCCGCCGCCGCCGGUGGUGGUGCCACAGCAGUCCGCACAGCUGGUUGAUCCGCUGGCCGCUUGCCUGCAGCAGCUACGCAAGCAAUCCGAUCUGCAGCUCAUCCGCUGUGUGCGGGACAAUGCGCGCUCCCAGCGCAGCUAUUUGGUGAAGCCGCCGCUGCGGCGCUUCAGCCUGUACUUUAAAUCGCGCCAGUUGGAACGCGACUUUCGCUCCAAGGCACAUCGCUUUGGCACCGAGCACGAAACGGAGGGGCCGCCCACACUGGCCACGCCCCGCUACAAUACAUAUAUCGACAUCUUUGUGGGCAUUGCCGUCUAUCUGUGCAUCUCCAUAUCGCUCUUCCUGAUGACCCAGAACACCGUAACGCCUAGCUUCCGGCUGUGGGUCACCCUCUUCUCCUGCUUCACGGCCAUCCAGGUGUUUGCACUGUUUCUCUUCACGCGCCAAAUGUGCCGUCGCCAUGGCACCCGUCUGCGCUCCAAAUCUAGCGCCAGUGAGGCGGUCAAUAGCGAUGCCGCAGUUCCACAGUCUCGGACCCAGUCGCAGUCGCUGCCGCUGCCGCAGUCGCAACAAUUUGAAUCGUGUGCAGAUCGCAUCUUUGAAGCCAUAUCCAGCUGGUAUCCAUGGCACAUCUGCUUGGCGGUGCUAAUGGCCAUGCCCGUCGUCCUGAUCAUAGCCAACUUUCUGCUGCUCGAUCUUACACAACUGGAGGCGUUCGAAUACCAUUAUGGAUUUCUCAUCUUUGUGUGCAUCGUGCACUUCUGCAACUUUACACAGCUGAACUGCUGGAUGCGCAAUAUCUUGGCCUUUCUAGCCGCACUUUGCUUCAUUGGGAUCGCAGUCUCCCAGCUGACCGUCUACUCUAGGCGCUCCGAAAGUGAAACGGAUCCAGAGCUGGAAUCGGAGCUGAACAGCAGUGCGGCGGCAUCAUUCAUCUACGAGGAGAUCAAAUGGUUUCACGACUAUCAUGUGGAGAUCUAUUUGGACCUGCUAUUGAUACUGGUGCUGGUCUGGUUUCUUAAUCGCGAGUUCGAGAUUGGCUAUCGCUUGACCUUCUACGGGAACGCGGUUGCCAACCAGGACAAGGUACGCGUCCAGAAUAUGAAGAACCAGGCGGACAUGCUGCUGCACAACAUUAUACCAAAGCAUGUGGCCGAACAUCUGAAGAACACAGCCAAAUACUCGGAGAAUCAUCACAACAUUGCCAUAAUCUUUGCCUCCAUUGUCAAUUUCAAUGAAAUGUACGACGAGAGCUAUCUGGGCGGCAAGGAGUUUCUGCGCGUACUCAACGAGCUAAUUGGGGACUUUGAUGAGCUGCUCUCGCAUCCGAAGUUUCGUGCCGUCGAGAAGAUCAAGACAAUUGGGUCCACAUUCAUGGCCGCCAGCGGCUUGGAUCCGUCCCAUCGAGGCACUGGCGAUGAGCAUAUACACACCUUAAUGGAGUUUGCCAUCGAGAUGCAGCGGGUGGUCAAUGAGUUCAACAAGGAUCUGCUCGAGUUUAAUCUGAUUCUGCGCAUUGGCAUGAACAUUGGCGAUGUCACAGCUGGCGUAAUUGGCACCAGUAAACUAUACUAUGAUAUUUGGGGCGAUGCUGUCAAUGUGGCCUCGCGCAUGGACUCCACGGGUCUGCCCAAUCGCAUACAGGUGGGCAAGGAUUGCCUACCAUUUUUGACCGCCUGCUAUGAGUUUGAGCCGCGUGGCAGUGUCUACGUCAAGGGCAAGGAUCACAUGGAGGUGUUUCUCUUUACCAGACGCAGGCCGCAGCUGGAGGAGCAGCCGGUAAGCGCACAGCUGCCUCAGCUGCAGCUAAACGAUUGUAAUCCAGAUGAGCUGGCAGAUGAGGCAAAGGAGGAGCAACAACAGCUGCAGUCAAAUGAUGCUCAACCUAAAGUGAAUGAGGCACAGGCUAAAGAGGUGGAUCAUAAUGAGAAUAAUGAAGAUGACGAUGAUGAUGAUGAAGGCGACCUGCACUCGAGCGAAACAACUACGCUGUUCAAGUCACAGGAAUCACUGCAUGCAACACACGCAAAUGGCGGCAGUCACUUUAAUCCAGCUAACACAACCGAAACUUAAAGAGAAUUUCAAAUCCAAUCAAAUCAAACUCAAAUCAAAUCAAAUGCACACAACUUAAAUGAACUCAACUCAAUUUCCGGCUUGCAGCACUUGAGAAAUGGUUUCAAAAUUGCAUUUAAUGACUGAACAAAAUGUGUGUUGGCCAAAACAACAGUUGCAGUUGCCGAUGCCGAUGCCGAUGCCGCAGUCGCAGCUAAAUGAAUGUCUGGGAAUGUAAUUCAAAUGAUAUAUAUGUGUAUA